AUGAGAGUUAAGAAGCCAACAUCAAAGAGAUCUACCACCCGUAUGAGGGAAGGUAUCAAAAAGAAGGCAGCUGCACAAAAUAGAAAGAAUAAAAAAUUAUCGAAGAAAGAUGUCACCUGGAAAUCAAGAAAUAAGAAAGAUCCUGGUAUUCCAGCCAGUUUCCCAUACAAGGACAGAAUUAUUACAGAAUUAGAAGAAGGUAGAAAACUAGACAAAGCUAGAAAGGAUGAAUUGAAAUUGCAGAGACAAAAGGAAAGAGAAGAGGCUUUAGCUAAGGGAGAAGUUAUUGAUGAUGUGAUGGAAGAAGAUGAAGAAGAUGACCAAGAGGGUGGAUUAGCAGCAUUAUUAGAAUCGGCACAACAAGCAGCUCAAGACUACGAUGGUGUUGAAGAAGAAAGUGAUGGGAUGACUGAUUCUGAUGCAGAUGUCGAAUAUGAAUUAAGUGAUCCUGAAGAUGAUGAGGAGGAUAAAAGUGAAUUAGACAAGUCUCGUAAGGCAUAUGACAAAAUUUUCAAGACUGUCGUUGAAGCAUCCGAUGUUGUGUUGUAUGUGUUAGAUGCUAGAGAUCCAGAAGCAACAAGAUCAAGAAAAGUUGAACAAGCUGUUUUACAGAAUCCUGGUAAGAGAUUAAUAUUGGUAUUGAAUAAGGUUGAUUUGAUUCCAACUAAUGCUUUAGACCAAUGGCUCAACUUUUUAAAAUCAUCAUUUCCAACUGUUCCAGUUAAAGCUGCAUCAGGUGCUAACUCCAACUCAUUUAAUAAAAACUUAACUUCAACUAUGACUGCGAAUUCGUUAUUACAAGCUUUAAAGAGUUAUGCUACUAAGGCUAAUUUGAAGAGAUCUAUCAUAGUAGGUGUAAUUGGGUACCCGAAUGUUGGUAAAUCUUCUAUAAUUAACGCUUUAACCAAUAGACAUAGUAAUAACACCAAAGCUUGUCCUGUUGGUAACCAAGCUGGUGUUACCACAUCGAUGAGGGAAGUUAAAAUCGAUAAUAAAUUGAAGGUUUUGGAUUCUCCAGGUAUAGUAUUCCCUGAUGAACUUACAAACAGCAAAAAGUCUAAAUCUAAUCAAGAAGCAAAAUUGGCAUUAUUAUCCGCAAUUCCUCCUAAACAAAUUUCUGAUCCAAUGGGUGCUGUUAAUAUGUUAUUAAAGAAAUUUUCAAAGGAUUCUGAGAUGGCUGAUGGAUUAAAGAAGUAUUAUCUGUUGCCUCCAUUACCAUCUUCUGACCUCAAUGAGUUCUCUAAACAAUUUUUAAUUCACAUUGCAAGAACUAAAGGAAGAUUGGGAAAGGGUGGUGUUCCAAACUUAGAAGCUGCAGCAAUGUCGGUAUUAAAUGAUUGGAGAGAUGGCAGAAUUAUUGGUUGGACUUUACCAAAAGCCUCAAAGAGUACCAGUGAUGGUAUUGAUGUAGCUGACGUAAAUAUUGAUGGUCCGAAAAGUUCUAUGAGAGGUGAAAAAGAACCUCCAAAAAUCGAACAAACUACUGUUGUUAGUACUUGGGCUAAGGAAUUCGAUUUAGAUGGUUUAUUGGGUGACAAUUUUGGCCUUUCUACCUAA